ACCGUGCUGGUGACGCAUGCGCGCUGCUCCCGCGGAACCAAGAUGGCGGCGGUCAACCUGAACCUCUUCACGGGGAAAGGCAACGGAAUCGGAAAUAUGGGUGUUGCAGGUUAUUAAUGGAGGAUUGAGAUGUUUAAUAACUGUUUUAUACACCGUUUCCGUGCCCACCCUCCUCCCCGGCUCCAGCGCUCCUUCCGCGGACCCGCAUCUUCACCGCCUGCUGAUGAGAAAAUACAGUGUCUUUGCCUGUAGUCAGCCCUGCCACUGCGCAUGCUCGAGACACAAUGGAACUAUGCGCAUUGCUCUCUCGUGUCGUGACUGAGGGGGCAAUAACCAUCACUGUUAGAGAAACCGCCUUUGGUCAGAGGUGGUCAUUAAUGGAAUUGGGAACCAAAUUACAUUGGACUGAUGAAACAAAGAAUGCAUGAGAAACUCAGCAGCUCUGGCAGCAGACAAAGAAACAGGUCAACUAUGACUCCUGAAACCUUAGAGGGUGUUAAAAAAUUUGAAGACUGAGAGAUUAUUCUGUGACUCUAGAGUUUCCAAUAUCUUUCAAGAUGCAGGAUCCAGCCAGAGAUUUUAAAAUUGAAGACAGUGAAAUUGUAUCAGAGAGGAUGCCAGAGGAGGAGAAAUUACAGUCAGGGAUCACAGAUCCAGCAGCACCUCAAAAAAAUCUGAUGGAGGCUUCCAAGUUAUCUCAGUCAGAGUGUUGUUUGACUUUGAAUGUGGAAGGAACGAGCACAGUUCACAGUGGUCCCUACGUGUGUCCUGUGUGUGGACAAGGCUUCAGCCAAUCAUCUGGCCUGUUCAGGCACAAGUGCAGUGGCAGUGGGGAGAAGCCAUCGAAAUGUGGAGACUGUGGGACGGAAUUCAGCAACCAAUCUGAGCUGGAACUUCAUCAACACAGUCACACUGAGGAGAGACCUUGGAAAUGUGGGAGCUGCAAUGAAGGUUUCAGAUCCCUGACUGAGCUGGAAACCCAUCGACACAGUCACACCGGGGACAGGCCAUUCAUGUGCUCUGAAUGUGGGAAGGGAUUCAUUCGGUCAUCCCACCUCACAACCCACCAGCGGGUGCACACUGGGGAGAGACCUUUUAAAUGCACAGAGUGUGGGAAGUGCUAUAAAUGUUCUGGGGAACUGCUGUCCCAUCAACGUGUUCACACUGAGGAGAGACCAUUCAGAUGUCCUCACUGUGGGAAGGGAUUCAAGACAUCAUCUGAAGUCAUUGUACACCAGAGAAUUCAUACUGGGGAGAGGCCGUUCACCUGCAGUGUGUGUGGGAAGGGAUUCACUCGGUCAUCCCACCUCACAAUACACCAUCGAGUCCACACUGAGGAGAGACCUUUUCAAUGCCCAGACUGCCGGAAGUGUUUUAAAAGUUCCAGGGAACUAAUGCGUCAUCGACGUGUUCACACUGAUGAGAGACCGUUCAGGUGCACUCACUGUGGGACUGGGUUCAGACAAUCAUAUCAUCUGACUGAACACCAGCGAAUUCACACUGGGGAGAGACCAUUUAAAUGUCCAGACUGUGGGAAGUUCUAUAAAAGUUCUGGGGACCUAAUGUCCCAUCAACGUGUUCACACUGAGGAGAAACCAUUCAGGUGCUCUCACUGUGGGGCUGGGUUCAAGCAAUCGUCUCAACUCACUGUCCACCAGCGAAUUCAUACUGGGGAGAGGCCGUUCACCUGCUCCAUAUGUGGGAAGGGAUUCAUUCGAUCAUCCCAACUCGUGACACACCAGCGAGUGCACACUGAAGAGAGACCUUUUAAUUGUUCACUUUGCGGGAAAUGUUUUAAAAGUUCUCAGGAAGUGAUGACCCAUCAACGUGUUCACACUGAGGAGAGACCUUUUAAAUGCUCAGACUGUGGAAAGUGCUAUAAAACAUCUGGGGAUCUGAUGUCUCAUCAACGUGUUCACACUUCUGAAAGACCGUUCAGGUGCUCUCACUGUGGGAUUGGGUUCAAACAUUCUUCUCACCUCACUGUACACCAGCGAAUUCACACUGGGGAACGACCUUUUAAAUGCCCAGAUUGUGGAAAGUCCUAUAAGAGUUCUGGCUAUCUGAUGAUCCAUCAACGUGUUCACACUCAAGAGAGACCAUUCAGAUGCUCUCACUGCGGGACAGCAUUCAAGCAGCCAUCUCACCUCACUCUACACCAGCGAAUUCACACUGGGGAGAGGCCUUUCACCUGCACUGAGUGUGGGAAGGGAUUCACUCGGAAAGCCCUCUUGCUGAGUCACCAACGGGUUCACACGUAACUAUGAGAGUUGGAGUUUGUUGUUAGUUAUAUCCAGAACCAAACCAUGUUCAUUGGCUAAUAAACCCAUUUGAGUUGUUAAUAUUUUGGAUAAAAAUAAAAUAAAGCAGCUUUGUAA